GAAGAAACAAAUGAAAAUAUCAUUUAGAUUCAGAAAAUCAACAAUUGAAAUUAUUUGGAAAUUUUUUAAAAUAUUAAUUUUUUGGUAGGAAGGACAAUGGGAGAGCCACUUACUGAUUCUAAAGAAGUAAAGAUUGGUAUUAUUGGCGAAUCUGGUCUCGAUACUCCUUUGACAUUAAAUGAUAGAAAAGAAUGUGCUGUAUGUACACCAUUUGGAAAGCCUUCAGACAUUAUUAUUGAGGGAGAUAUCGAAAAUGUCAAAUGUGCACUGCUUUCAAGAAGUGGUCGUCUUCACGAUAUAAUGCCAUCUAACGUUAAUUAUAGGGCUAAUAUUUGGGCUAUGCGUAAGUUGGGAUGUACUCAUAUCUUGGCAACGAACACUGUUAGUUCGCUACGUGAUUAUAUUCAUCAAGGCGAUGUUGUAGUUCCACAUGAUAUUAUUGAUAAUACUACAAAACGGGAACAAACAUUUUAUGACGGUGCCGUGGGUAGCCCUUUUGGUGUUUGUCAUUUGCCAAUGUACCCUGUAUUCUGUGAACGAACAAGAAAUCAGCUAGUAAGAGCGGCAAAUUUGCUGGAGAUUGCGACACAUUCAAAGGGAAUAGUAAUCACUUUAGAAGGACCGCGUUAUUCUACAAUUGCUGAAAACAAUUUAUUUAGAAGCUGGGGGGCUGAUAUUCUUAGCAUGACGUUAUGUCCCGAAGCUGCACUCGCUAAGGAAGCAGGAAUUCUAUAUGCAUCUUUCUGUUUUGUAACUAACAAAGAAUGCUGGUGUGUUAACCAGCAAGUAGCAAAUACUCAUGAAAUAAUAUAUGCAUUUAAGAAGAAUUUAGACAAAAUUCAAAAUAUUCUAAUUAAUACUAUUAAAGGCAUUUCCCAAGAGAACUGGUCAGAGGAGAUAUUAAAAGCAAAGAUGUUAGUUUGUAGUAACUUUUCAAAUCGAAAUCAAUAAAAUAAUAUUACAACUUAAUAAAUACAGCAAUAAGGGCUAUUCUCAAUUUGAUCAACAAUUUAUUGCUGAAGAUUUUUUUUCUAUAUAUAUUCAUUUGUGCCAAAAAUGAUUGAUGGCAACGUAGCAGCCGUUUGCAAAAAUAUAUCAGCUAAUUAUUAAUUUAAUCAAAUCGAGCUGAGUUAAAUUUAAUUGAUUAAAAAUUCGAAUAGUAAGAAUACUGUCUAUCUUUGAAAUGAAAAAUAUGUAGCAAUAUAACUGAACUCAAUACAUUUGCUUCAAAAAUUUAUCAUUCGGAACUCGGAUACAAAAAAGUGGACUCCGUAAAUGAAAAUCGGCUUGAAACUACUGUCUACAUCUCUGGAUGAAAGGUAUUUAAUUGGUGAUUUAUUAAAUUUCUAAUUUUAAUAACCAAAAAAAA